AUGGAUCACCCCAUCACGAGCCGUCCCCUGGGGCCACUGGUAACGCCAGUCAGCCUUCAGGGCAACUCUUGUGGUGGCAAGCUGGGUUGCAUCCCUGAUGCAAUGGCAGAGGCUGUGGAAGAAAGAGAUACAGAGCUUGCCCUCAGGCUGCUCUCUUCCCCUCUUGGUUUGCAAUCAUAUGGCCAGAGUGAGGAAAACACUGCCAACCCCCUAACCACCGUCAAGUCCUGUGCAGCUGAGCUGGACCAGGUCUUGCAGCUGGUUCAAAGAUCUGCUUACACAGAAGAGCAGAACAAUGUGGAAACUGAUUCUCUGCAUUGGUUUCGUUUGCAGGAUUUUAAGCUCGAGUUUGGCCACCAUCAAGGCAGGACAAGUUCCGUCUGGCAUGGAGGUACAGCUACCAUUGUUCAGAGCCCCGGAGACGAAGUAUGGGGAAUAGUGUGGAAAAUGAACGCUAGCAAUUUAAGUUCACUGGAUAAGCAAGAGGGAGUUGAAGAUGGCAUUUAUGUCCCAAUAGAAGUUAAUGUCCACACUCAAGCAGGAAAGGUACUGACCUGUCGAAGCUACCAGAUGAAGGACUAUGUCUGUGGUCCCCCUUCUCCUCAGUAUAAAAAGGUUAUCUGCAUGGGUGCGAAACAGAAUGGCUUGCCAACUGAAUAUCAGAAGAAAUUAGAAGCUAUUGAAACUAAUAACUAUGCAGGGCCGCUGCCAAUCAUGGAAGAGAUUGAAGCUGCUAUUGAAGCAAAGAAAAGUUCUGCGUAGAAUACUUCUGCACUUCCUUGGCCAUUCACCUUGAUUUAGAUACCUCUCCUCACUGUGCUGAUCAGCAGUUUCUUUAUUUAUCAAGAGAAGAUGAGUUUGCUGUGCAUCUACAGUAAGCCAUUAGACAUAAUUUGCAGUCUGAAGACACACAGAGAUUGGUAACUUCUUCGCUUUGUAUAUAUAGCUUGAGUACAUGCUGAAGUUUUUGCAGAUUUGGAAAUUACCUUUUUGUAGUUGUCAUGCAGUGCUGCACGCAAGUUUGUGCAUCAUGUCCUGUUUACAGACCUUUUUAAAAGAAGGCGGCCAUCUUGCCGGGUAUUGGCAUCUGUUGCCUUCUGAGGAAUAAGGGCUGCAGGCUCAGGCCCUUUGUUUUUAAAUGUUGUAUACACAAUUAUCAAGAAUUUCAAAGAUUUGUUAGAGUGGAAAGUAGACUCAAAACUCUAAACCAAGACUAAACUUUUUUUUCUCUGCUGCUUCUCUUAAUGGUUUAAAGCC